AAAUGGCUGCCAGUACUGAUGGAAGGGUAUCCUUUGUUUAGGAUUUUCUGCUGCAGAAUUACAAGGAUAUUUUAAAAUGCCGAGUGCUUCUUUCACCUCUUCUCGUUCUUACGUUCGGAGAUCGAGAAGAAAAAAUGCAAACCGCAUUCCUCUACCGUCAAGAGCGAGCUCAGCAGACCCAUGUGAACUCCAGUGUCAUGUGCCAAACCAGAAUAUACCAGGUGCUGGUGGUGCUUCGAGUGCAUCCACAGUGACUGGAUCAAAUGCUGCCGGCAGCUCAGCCUCUGCAGCAUCUGCUGGAAACACAAGUUCAUCUAGUGUAAACAAUGGCACUACUAGCCAUCAAUCCCCGUAUGACCUUCGUAGAAAAUCCCCUCCUCACCAUGAACCUUCAACAAGUACAAGUAUGGCAGCGUCUUCCACUGUAUCGACUGCUAAUAGUUACACUGCUUCCAUGCUGCCAGCUCGCAAAAGGCCGAGGCGGAACUGUUCAGUAUCAUAUGAUCAAUGCACAACCUCAGCAGCACACUAUCUACAGUAUGAGCUCCCAGAUGAGGUACUGUUAACGAUAUUCAGCUACCUGCUAGAACAGGAUUUGUGUCGUGUUAGCCAGGUUUGCAAGCGCUUCCAGACAAUAGCAAAUGACAACGAACUUUGGAAAAAUUUGUACCAAAGUGUGUAUGAAUAUGAUCUUCCAUUGUUCAAUCCUGCCCCGUGUCGAUUCGAGUUUGUUUCUUCAGAGGACUCCGAACACGCAAAUCCUUGGAAAGAAAGCUUUAGACAGUUGUAUAGAGGAGUGCAUGUUCGCCCUGGGUACCAAGACCUUUCAUUUCGAGGACGCAGCAUCAAUUAUUUUAAUACAGUUCAAGGUGCACUAGACUUUGCGGAUGAGCGUAGUGUCAAUUCUGGUGAAGGUUGUGAAGGGUCACCUGCCAUAGUAUUCCUUCACACUGGUACAUACCGUGGAGAGUUUUUGGUUAUAGACUCUGAUGUGGCUCUAAUUGGAGCUGCUGCUGGUAACGUUGCAGAAUCAGUGAUUUUGGAAAGAGAAUCUGAGUCUACUGUAAUGUUUGUGGAAGGAGCAAAGCAGGCUUAUGCUGGACACCUUACAAUCAAAUUUUCACCAGAUAUUACAUCCACUGUUCCACAUCAUAAACAUUAUUGUUUAGAAGUUGGAGAAAAUUGCAGUCCUGUUGUGGAUCACUGCAUCAUUCGCAGUUCUUCUGUUGUUGGUGCAGCUGUUUGUGUUAGUGGGGUUGGAGCAAAUCCAAUAAUCAAACAUUGUGAUAUCAGCGAUUGUGAAAAUGUUGGCCUGUAUGUGACUGAUUAUGCCCAAGGAACAUAUGAAGACAACGAAAUUAGUAGAAAUGCUUUAGCUGGAAUUUGGGUGAAGAAUUUUGCAAAUCCCAUAAUGCGAAGGAACCAUAUACAUCAUGGCAGAGAUGUUGGCAUCUUCACCUUUGAGAAUGGACUUGGAUAUUUUGAAGCAAAUGAUAUUCACAACAACAGAAUUGCUGGCUUUGAAGUCAAAGCAGGUGCUAACCCAACAGUGGUACAUUGUGAAAUUCAUCACGGCCAGACAGGUGGUAUAUAUGUCCAUGAAAAUGGGCUGGGACAGUUCAUUGACAACAAAAUACAUUCAAACAAUUUUGCUGGUGUUUGGAUUACAUCAAACAGUAACCCAACAAUACGCAGAAAUGAAAUCUACAAUGGCCAUCAAGGUGGAGUUUACAUAUUUGGUGAAGGUAGAGGUCUCAUUGAACAUAAUAAUAUAUAUGGCAAUGCACUUGCAGGGAUACAGAUUCGCACAAAUAGUGAUCCUAUUGUAAGACAUAACAAAAUUCAUCAUGGUCAACAUGGUGGUAUUUACGUUCAUGAAAAAGGGCAAGGGUUAAUAGAAGAAAAUGAAGUGUAUGCCAACACACUUGCUGGUGUAUGGAUUACUACGGGCAGUACACCUGUUCUUCGAAGAAACAGAAUCCAUUCAGGCAAACAGGUUGGAGUGUACUUCUACGACAAUGGCCAUGGGAAAUUGGAAGAUAAUGACAUUUUCAACCACCUCUAUUCUGGUGUCCAGAUAAGGACGGGUAGCAAUCCAGUGAUACGGGGUAACAAAAUUUGGGGAGGACAGAACGGUGGCGUUCUGGUUUAUAAUGGUGGACUUGGGUUACUCGAACAGAAUGAAAUCUUUGAUAAUGCAAUGGCUGGAGUGUGGAUUAAGACUGAUUCCAAUCCUACAUUAAAACGCAACAAGAUAUUCGAUGGAAGAGAUGGUGGCAUUUGUAUUUUUAAUGGAGGAAAAGGUGUCUUGGAGGAGAAUGAUAUUUUUCGUAAUGCACAAGCUGGUGUUCUGAUUUCAACACAAAGUCAUCCAAUUCUGAGGCGGAAUCGCAUAUUUGAUGGACUUGCAGCCGGAGUGGAAAUUACGAAUAAUGCAACGGCGACUCUGGAAUAUAAUCAGAUAUUUAACAAUCGCUUUGGUGGACUUUGUCUCGCAAGUGGUGUCCAGCCAAUAGCCAGAGGUAACAGAAUAUUUAGCAACCAGGACGCUGUAGAAAAGGCUGUAGCUAAUGGCCAGUGCUUAUACAAAAUAUCAAGUUACACUUCAUUUCCUAUGCAUGAUUUCUAUCGCUGCCAGACUUGCAACACCACGGAUCGCAAUGCAAUUUGCGUGAACUGUAUUAAAACUUGCCAUGCAGGUCAUGAUGUGGAAUUCAUAAGGCAUGACAGGUUUUUCUGUGACUGUGGUGCAGGAACAUUAACUAAUCAGUGUCAGUUGCAAGGGGAACCAACGCAAGAUACCGACACAUUGUAUGAUUCUGCAGCGCCAAUGGAGUCCCACACACUUAUGGUUAACUGAAAUACUUAAUUUGUCUGUGGUGUAUGUAAUACAGGCCACUGGCUCCUCAUUACCGGUUUAAUGAUCAGAGAUGGUUACUUUACACUUCAGUGCAGCACCUGAGAUAAUAAAGACAAAACUUUCAUAAAAUGAGUUAUGUCAUCUCAAGUGUGCCACUGUGCUCGGUAAGAUGUCUGUUGUUUUGCAAAGGCCUAUGUAUAUAACGUGCCAGAUCCCAGUGAUGUGACAAGACAAAUUUAAAAUUUGUGUAAGAAUCUCAUUUUAUACUUAACGUUAUGUUAUCUAUGUGCAUGUGCAGCUACAAACUGGGUGCGUUUGUUUAUUCUUUUGUCCAAGAGGAUUUGUUGAAGAUGUGUUCCAUUUGUUGUAUGAAUGUGUACUUGUAUGUAUGUAUUAUGUUUGAAAUGAAAUGUGUGGAAGUGUGUAAAUAUAUACAUAUGUGUGUUGAGAUAAUUGAUAUGUAACUUUUGUUAGGGACUUUGUAAGAUUUGUGCUUGAUAGUAUUGAAUGGAAUCAAAUAAAACAACAGUAACUACAUAUUUUUGAAUACUAUUAUGGCCAUUUUUUUAUAAUGUUUUCUUUUUUCACUUGAUUAAUGUCACAUUUCUGUUCACUUUAUUUCACUGUUAUGAUAGUUGGACAUAAAAUAAUUCCUAUAAUUCAAUUCUCUCUACCAUAUUUACAUAGUCCAGUGACUCGGAUAGCACAUUGAGGAUAUGUACAGCAUCAAUUUUUAAAUGUCUUAGUGCUGAAACCCAUUAAGAAUUCGUUAUUGAUGUAGCAUACUGAUGCAGGAGGCUUUAGAUCCUUUAGGGAUAUAGACUAAUAAACUUUUUUUAAUAUCUGCCAAUGUGACUUUGCUUACUUGAUGUGCUAUAAGACUUGUAAAUAGACUGUGUAUGUGUUAUUGUGCUUUUUGAAUGAAACAUGUUCUGUGUAACUUGUAA